UUUAUCCAUGUGUCUUUUUGAGCAUUUUAUCAUAUUGUGUUUUUUUUUUAUUUUUAAGUUAAUGAGAGGCAUAACCCUCCUCUCUGUUCUGGGUAAAGUGUUCAGUAAUGUACUGCUAUGAUGGCUUCAACUUCCAAAGAAAAGGCUCAGAGAAGAGCAGUCAGGCUUCCAAAAAGGCAGAUCAUGCACUCAAAAGAUUUUCAUACUGUGAAUCAUCAUUGAGCAAAGCCUGGAAUACUAAAAAAGGCUGGUGCUAUGUUCUGUAGAUUUUUUAAAAAGUAUACUUUGAUAGCAUCCAUCUUGAAUCACUCUGGAAAAUAGCAAGACAAUAUUGCAUCACACAAAAUUUUGUCCAUAGUCUUCGACAUCUCUAUAGCAAAUCAAGCUAUUGUUUUAGAACACAUGAUGGAAAAAACGAUUCCUUGAUAUCGAGAUGCGUAUCUUAUCCAUAUUUCUCUUUCUACUAGCCAUCGACUUUGUCAAAAGAAAAAUAAACCAGGCUGCAUCCAGUACCUCUUGGCAUGAACCAAACUGUCAGAUGAACCUGGACUUUGUGAACUAGAGAAUGCAAUUCAAUGAUGACAGAGAGCCUCGAUAACGGUGCACUCAUCUAUGGAUAAAACUUGAUAAAACCAAAGUUAUGUGUAUUGGCUACAGGUGAACAAGUGCCCUCAUCAACAUUGGGCAUAUCUUGAACAACUAGAGCAAUUCACCUAUUUAGGCAGUGUAGGAUAGGAUGCAUAGGAUGUUGCAACUCAUACAGGGAAUUAUAGGGGGCAUUCAAUAAUUUAUGCCUAUCUAGACAAACAAAUCAGCCUGGAGACCAAGAUCCACAUCCUCAUCCUAAUGGUCACCCAUGGUCAUGAGCCAUGGGAGUCACACAUUAAGGUUAAAAAGAGACUAAACAUGUUUCAGCACUGAUGGCUGAGAAGGAUCCUAGGAAUGACAUACCAAGAUCAUAAAGAAGUCCUCUCCUGCAUUGGCACUUGUCCCUUUGUGAAAUGGGGACCAACCAGUGUAUAAUAUUCAUGGGACAAGAUAAAACAUGUUUUCCAAGUCAUGUUAGCUGAAAAGAGGAAAGUGAAAACAAGGAAGUCCAUGUAUAGUAUGGCAUCACAUCUUCUAAGAAGACCUAAAAAUUGUAAUGAGUAUCCUCAUGGCACAGCUGUCUUAUCCGAGAGGCAAACAAAAGCACGAGGCGCUAAAGAUCAUACAUGGGAUGCUUCCAACACUGGGAAUAUAUAUGUCUCAUUCAUUUUACACCUGCCAGCAACAUAUAAAACACAUGAAGGUAGAUUUGAUCUUGAAGUUGCGGCUUGUUUAGCUGUACUAGAGACUGUAAAGAAAUAUGGUGUUACUCAAGCUGUUUCAAAGUGGCCAAAUGACAUUUGGGUUAAAGGUCACAAGUUAGCUGGUUUCUUGGCAGAAGAUGGUAGAUACGACAUACCAGGUAGCCACAAUAGCCUUCUUAUUCUCGGUAUGGGAAUAAAUGUAAAUGCUGAUGUUAGACGCAGUGCUGAGUUGAACAGUAUUGCAACUAGUUUACUCUGUGAGAAAGAUGGUCAAGCAGUAAGCAGAGAACAGUUUUUUGCUGAUGUUUGCUUAAUCUUGGAGAAGAGGUUGUCCUGCCCAAGAGAAGAUUUGUUGUCAAAUUUUAAAGCUGUGAAUCUGUUUCGCGAACAUAGCAAAAUUGUUGUGUCAUGUUUAUCUGGGGGUGCAGCAAUAGAUGCAGACUUUAUUGAAAUCUGCAAUAACUGGGACAUCAUGUUUUUAGAUAAUAGCACGGGAAAAACAAUGACUGGCAAUUCACAAAAUUUUUCAGUUAGGCCCAAAGUUUUGAAGAAAAUUCUUGUUGUAACUUCUGGACCACAUAAUAUGUCAGCUAGUCAUCUUUCCAGGUGGUUUAUGUCCAUACUUGACACAUCUAAGUUUGUGGUGUGUUUAGUGCCAGAAAGUGCAAUUACAACAUCAGAUGCAUGGAUGAAGAGUUGUUCUUUGCUAGUCAUUGCUGAACAGACUCAUGAACCUGAGUUGCUUGGGGAGAAUAUUAGUAUAUACCUUAAGUCUGGUGGUUCUGUAUUAUCCAAUGGAUUUGCUUCUUUAUUUUUGGCUAAACAUUUGGGUGUACACAUGAAAGAAAUUCAACUAGAUUCUUUUAUCUCAGAAACAAACCUUAGUCUUGUUCGUCUACAUAUUGAGACAAAUCUUGAAUCCAAUGAGAAGCAAACACCACAAAAUGGUGUUAAUAAUCUCAGCAGUGAUUGUAUGUUGGAUAAUAACUCAACAGCUUUGGCCUUGUCUUCCAAGCCCAUCCUCUUCCCUACAUGUUGCACAUGCUUCCAGUUUUAUGAAGAUGAAAAAGCCCUUCUGUAUGAAAGUGGCCAGACAGUGGGCCUCGAGAUCAGUGUGGACACUAUAAAUUCAUUAUGCAUAAACAAUGGUGAUGGUGAUCAUUCACAGGACUGCCAUAAAUCUGGAUCCCCAACUUCCAUCCAGCUGAAAGCUUUUUACUUGAACAGUGAUAAAUUGUGCAAAUCUGUUGCCCUGUUCAUUCAGAACUCCGGUCAUGGGGGGAAGGUUGGCUUCCUUGGCUUUGAUGCAGGUGUGGAUGAUCCAUCUUCUGUUAGUGACACGCCUGAGUUUUCUGAUGCACAUUCUGACAGAUUUAGAAGAGAUAAAUUAAUGAUGCAUGUGUUAGAUGUUUUAUUGGGGUGACUUCAUAAGUGAUAGUAAAAACUAUUCUCUCUAUUAUUUGCAAUACCAGUACAUACCUCUGAGAGUUGUUUCAAAAGAUGCUUUAGUUUUCCUAAUACCAGAUAGUCUAACUGUGCAUUUCAUUUAAGCUUACAUACACUUUAAAUAAGGAAGGGAAUGAAAAAAGAAUUACGUUUCAGCUGAACUGUUUAUUCUUAACAAUUUUUUAUAUUAUUUCUUAUUAUCUCAUCCAUUAAGUAAAGGCUAUCAAUACAAAACUAUAUUUGCUCAGAUAUAAUUGAUAUUUUCAUCCAUUAUUUGCUCAGAUGUAAUUCAUAUUUCUAUUCAUUGUAUACCAUUUAGUAAAGUAAAUCUAUUUAAAUAGAAUUUUUUUUUUUUUGAGAGAGGUAGAAAACUGUUUUUAGCAACUACUUUUUAUUUUCAUAUAUUCUACCAAGUAUUGGGAUUACUUGUAAUUGAGAUUAAAAUGCUUGAGCAAUCAAUGCUUUCAUGUUGAAAUCUAAAUGCUGCAUUAUAUACAAAUCCAUGUUAUAACUGUGUCUAAUAUGUAAUUGUUAUUAUGGCCAGAUAUUUCUUGUAUAGUAUUUUAAGGAGAGAAACAAACACCUCCCUAGUCAUGUGUUGAUUUUUUGGGGGGUGUAUUGUGAAGAAAUGUAAGCCUAUAUUUUACCUCCUAUGUACUUAGAUAGUUUGUACAUUUUUGGGGAAAAGAGUCUUUCUUUUAAGUUUGACCUGUUAUCUCUUUUUUGUGUGUUUUCUUUAACCACUUUUUUUUUUUUAUGUGGAACUGGUAUUCAAAAGUGUGUUUGAAUUGUACAGUUUAAAAAAAUCCAAUCUUUUGUAAUCAAAUAUUUCAACUAUAAUGUCUUUUUUUUAAUCUUGAUCUAUUACCAACAUAGAUAUUCAAUUAUCUUGAUGUUAUGAGAUUUAACUUUUAAGGGCAUUUUAUGUUCAUAUUAUACUGAUGCUUACCCCACUUAUUGAAGUGUCCCAGAAUCCAUCAUAUGCAGUCAUACCAAUGAUUUUAAUACAUGUGUCAACAAGAUUUAGGCAACUUUAUGAUAUAAAUACCUCAUUUGACCUUGUCACAACAUAGUUUUUUUUUUUUUAAGUAGCAAAGUGUUCAAAGAAAUGUUCUAUAUUUAUUUUUUGUUACCAUUUAUCAUAUUGGAUAUCUUAUUUAUAAUUAUGUUUCACAUACUGAAGAUGUGUGGGAAAACUCAUGGCCUGUACUCUGUGUGGUGAAGGUUUCAUUUUCAGUUGUGUAGUGGGAGUGGGGUGGCCUUAAAUUGUAAAGUCUUUAAUUCCAAUGAAUAGUUGUUAAGCAUUGUCGUUUAAAUGAAACCAUAUGUGUUUAUUUUUACUCCAAUGUGAUGACUUGUGCUAUUCCAUUCAACUCAAUAGAAUGCCUGUUUUUCUGGUGAAGACAGUAAUAGUGGUUGUUGUACUGUGGUUGUUGUACUAGCUUUAGUAAGCAGUCAUUUAUGAAAUUUUGUGAGCAUUAUUUGCAUGCAUGAUAGUGGGAAAGGGGAAAGUGCCCAUGUUAUCUGUCACUCUUGUUAUAGCUAUCCGUCAUGUCAGAGGGAUAAAUAACGAGGUGUUUUGUAGGCUAUUCCUAAUGUGCGACACUUUCUUGGUCAACUUAAGGAUCUCCAGGUGAUGUUUUAUUCCCUUCUCUUUUUUUUUUAAAUUGGCUUAGUCAGUAUUAAAUUACAGUAUGAAUUAAGUGGUUGUUGGUAUCACCUCAUAAUUUAGAACCAUAUAUACAUUUAUUUCUUUUAACAUUAGCAUAAGGUUUUACAAAACAAUUGAUGAAAAUGUGCUAGCUUUGUAUUUACAUAUAAAUUAUUUUUUUGAGCUCCAGAUUUACAACUGUUAUAGCAUUGUAUUAUAUUUUCAAAUAAUAUGUAUAUAUGUGAAAUGGAAAGAUACUAUUAUAAAGCAACAUUUAUUUUGCAGCUAGAGUAUAUCUUAAUGGUAAGUUCAACAGCUGCUUUGUACAUUGUAAGAUUUGUCUCAAUGAAAAUGUUGGUCUUCUAAGGUUUGGUGCAUUUGUGGGAUACUUUUUUCUGAUUCUAAAAAUUCAGAAUUUAGAUAAAUCAGAUUGUUCUCUUUUUUUUAAAUUAAAAGUCAUUCCAACUAAAUUAAUUUUUUUUUUGUCAUUUUUUAAUUUUCUCUUUCUUUCAUCUAAUAAAUAUAUAAUAAUAAUA